AACCAUGUGCAUAGACCUCAAAACAACAAUAAUAAAUGAAAUGAAAACAUUUUCUCUCUCUCUUAUUUUCUUACUGUUUCUCACUCUCUGUCUAUUUCUUGUUUGUUAUUAGUCUGACAGAUCACAUGAAGAUAUUCAUGAAUAAGAUUCAAACAAAAAUGUAGUAUUAACUUUAUUAAUGUGAUGAAAUGUGUAUUAUAUUAAAGGCUUUCCUUUACCUUAAAAAAGUGCUUCAAUUUAGAACAAAAAACUCCUGAGAAGAAUAUGGAGAAAAAGCUAUCAAAGCGUCUGGAAGCUUAUCCAAAAGCGAACUCAUCAAUUUCGACUUCUAUUCACUACUCUUUGUCGCUUACUCUAUUUUUAAUUAGUGAUUACUUGAUUAAACAACAUUUUUUUGUGUAUUCUCAGUUGAUUAACUUCAAAUUAGUCAAUUAUCCGAGAAUCUAUGGAUUAUUUCACCAACAAAACCUCUAAAUGGGCCAUCUUCGAUGAUGAUCUUGAAGAAAAGGAAAAGAAAAUUUGGGAUCGAUUGGCUCCAUCGCCACCUAGUUUUUUUAAAGACAUUGAACAACCAAUGGAAGCAAACCGUAAUGCUAGUACUUCAGCCGGUUCAAUUCAAUUAAGCCCGAUCCGGCACAAUAACCAUGGAAGAAGCUGCAACUCUAAUUUUCAGUUUGACGUUACCAAUGUUUCAUAUGGUUCUACCCUCAGAGCUUACUAUCCUUCUUGCAAACAACAACCUUCAACUUUCCAGACAAAAAAACCUCAUUCUUCCACCUAUGAUUUGGCCAAGCUCAAGAGGGAAAAGGAAAAUCGAGAGCGUGAGAAUGAUGAAAUUCUUGAUAAUAUUAUGCGCAAUUUGGAAGCUAGGAAAAGAUCUCUCAAUACGGAUAUCGUUGGACUUGAAGGGUGUAAAAAGGUCAAGUUUAAUACUAUGGCCUCAGUUCCUGAUUUAAAUAGCCAACCUAAAAGCAGGAUGGGUGCUGUUAGUAAGAUUAAAUUGGAAGAUAGUUCGACUUACACAAUGCGCAAAAAAGAAGACACAGCUAAUUGUUCAAAGUAUUUUGGAAUAAAAACUGAUCAAGAGAAUUUAAGGAAGCCACCUGGAUUUCUGGAAAAACUUGAUAGAUUCAACAUCAGAGAUGAAAAUCUGCCCAUCAAACCAGAAUUUAAUUUUACAUUGCCCCCGCAAAUGAAAAGUGAGAAAAAAUAUCAACAGGUCAAACCAGAAAGCAAAGCUGGUAAAAUGAAGGUGGACAAAAUUUUUCCAAAUUCAGUCACCAAGGGUGAAAAUGAAGAUGUUAAAAACAUUGAUUUGUAUGUUAAAGAUUUAAAUUUUGACCAAGAUCUAGAAGAGGAUGAAGAAUCGUGGAAAAUGAAAGCUAAAAAUGAUACCAAGACAACUCUUGAUGUAAAGCCAUUGACCCAUAAGCAAACUGACAAGCCUGAUCUUGACUUCUUGGAUUUAGAAAUGAAAGAUGAUUUAUUUCUUAAAGACGAAACUGAAGAUGUGAAACCAGAAGCAAAAUUUUUUGAUGUUUAUUCCACCAUCGACAUGAGACCAAUGAAAAGAAUUUCUGUAGAAAUCGCUGACCAUGACCUUCCAAGAGAAACUGUUAGCAUUGAAAAAAUUCCUGAUAAGUUUAGAAGCAUUUUCUCUGAUUUUCCAAGAUUCAACUUGGCACAGUCCAAAGUUUUUCCUGAUGCCUUCAACAGUGAUAAGACAAUGGUGAUCUCAGCUCCAACAGGGUCUGGUAAAACGGCUAUUUUUGAACUUGCCAUUACUCGUUUACUUUAUUUGGCAGACACUAAACAAAUUAACGCAUCAUUUAGAGUGGUUUAUAUUGCUCCUCUUAAAACACUUUGUCAUGAACGAUACCUUGAUUGGCAGCGUAAAUUUUCCAACCUAGGAUUAAGCUGUGUUGAAAUGACUGGAGACUCUGAAGAUAUACAUUAUCGCCUAUUGGAAAACAGUUCUCUAAUUUUCGCUACUCCGGAAAAAUGGGAUACUUUGGUGCGAUUCAAUAGUUUCAACAAGAUUGUUCAAUCCAUCAAACUGAUUUUAAUUGACGAAGUUCAUUUAUUAGGCGAUCAAAAUCGUGGGCCGAAAUUGGAAGCAAUAGUUACACGCUUUAAAAUUAUCAAAAAGGAUAGCUUCGAUUAUCGCUUUAUUGCUGUUUCAGCAACAACUCCAAAUUCACAAGACAUAGCUCAAUGGCUAGGAUUGGAAGAGCAUGGAGCUGUUUGUUACAAUUUAGACGAUCGUUUUCGCUCUGUUAAACUCACCAAAAAAGUAUACGGAUAUGGUUAUCCAGAUUCAGUGAAUGACUUUGUCUUUCUACAAAAACUGAAUUAUAAAUUGCCACCUCUCAUCAAAGAAUAUUCAAAAGGACGACCGACUUUGAUUUUUGUCUGCACUCGAAAAGAUAGUCAAGGUACAGCUGAGUUUUUGGCCAAAGAUUCCUCCUAUUGCUACAAGCCGGAGCAGAAAAAUGCUGCUUUUAUGCUUGUUAAAUCGAUAGAUGACAGUAGAUUGAAAACCACGUUGCUAAAUGGAGUUGGUUUUCACCAUGCUGGUCUUAGUUCUUCUGAUCGUCAUAAAUUGGAGGUUGCUUUCUUAGAUGGUAAUAUUCCAGUUCUCGUUGCUACUAGUACUUUGGCAAUGGGUGUAAAUUUUCCUGCUCAUCUGGUUAUCAUUAAAGGAACCGGUCACUAUAUGAAUGGAGGGUUUGUUGAAUAUAAUGAAUCUGACAUUUUACAGAUGAUGGGUCGAGCUGGUAGACCACAGUUUGAUACAAAUGGAUGUGCUAUCAUCAUGACAAAAGGCAAAAAUGAAAGUAAAUACAAAAAAUUAGUUUCAGGUGAAAAGAUAAUUGAAAGUAACAUUCAUCAGUUCCUUCCUGAAAUUUUUAUGGCUGAAAUUGAGAGAAAUACAAUUUCUUCUCUAAAUCAAGCUUUUGAAUGGGUCCAGUCAACUUUCUUCCACAUAAGAGUUCAUGAAAAUAAACAAAAUUAUGGUUUUGAUCCGAACUGGUCCGAGGAACGAGUGGAACAAAAAAUAAAAGACAUUUGUAUUAAAGAGUUGAAUGGCUUAAAGAAAUAUGGAUUGAUCGAGAUUCUUGAUGAAGGUGUUGUAAAAGCCACAGAAAUAGGCAGGAUGAUGGCUAUUAAGUCAAUAUCUUACCAGACUAUGUGCAAUUUCUUAGAGCUCAAAGGAACAGAAAGUCUACGUGAUUUAUUGACUGUUUUGGCUAAAUGUCGUGACCUCAAUCAGGAUGUUACCAUUCGAAAUAAUGAAAAGAAACAUUUAAAUCUUUUCAAUGCCCGUUCUAAAACUGAACCAGGCCGUACUAUACGAUUCCCUCUAACUGGAAGAAUCAAGACUAAAGAAAUGAAAAUCAAUGUUCUCCUUCAAGCCACCCUCAGUUGUCUUCCUUUCCCUAAGGAUUGCAGUCUUCAUCAAGAAACUGGAAAUCUAAUUAAAGUCGCUCAAAGGCUUAGUCGAUGUUUAGUGGAUGUGGCCUUUAUUAAAGCUAAAAGCCUUAAAUUUUUAUUGAACUGCGUAAUUUUGGCUAAAUGCCUUAGAGCAGGAAUUUGGGAGAACUCAAAAUUUGUUAGCAAGCAGCUUCCCAGGAUUGGUCUUGAAUUGUCGAACAGGAUGCGUGCAGGUGGCUUAACUUCUUUCAGGGAAAUUGAAGUCGCUGAUCCCAGAAAUAUUGAAAUGUUCUGUGGUCGUAAGGUUCCUUUCGGAGAAAUGGUCAUCAAAGAAGUAAAGCGAAUUCCAAAAUAUAAUAUUACUGUCGAGAGACAUUACAAAACGUCCAAAGUUGGUUAUCCUGAAGCCAUAAGUAUCAAAAUAUACCUCGUUAAUUGGAAAACUCUUGCAGAAGAUUCUCAAAGAUUGGAAAAUCAUUCAUGUGCUCUAUUGAUUGGUGACCAGAAUAACAAAAUUUUGGAAAAGAGAAAGCUUUUUGAUAAAAUUUUAAUCAAAUCUAACGGAGUUUAUGAAAAAAUUUUGCCCGUUUCAGUCACAUUAGGAUCGAUUUUUAUCCACCUCAUUGAUGAGUUUUACUCUGGAACUGACAUUUCAAUCGAAUAUUUGCCGAAAUAUCUUCUAGCCGAUGAAAGAGAAGUCGUCCGCAGAAUUCCAACAAUUAAUCAUUGCGACAACGUGUUCAACUUUCCACAACAACAAGGCAAAAAACAGAAUGCGCAAAAAGCUUGUGAGGAAAUCGAAGUCACAGAUGAAGAGGAAGAAGAGGCCGUAGGUGAGCCAUUCAUCGGAGAUGCAAAUCUAGCAGUGAAUCUCAACAAUUAAUCAUUGUGAUAACAUGUUCAAACUUAAAGCCAAAUAUUUGUGAGGAAAUUUGAUAUUUAAUUUUUCAGCCUUAGCUAAUUUCAGAUUUAAAUGACUACUAAACUGUUGUAUUAAAAUAUUUUAUUAGAGAUUAAAAAGACAAAUCUCAAUACAAA